CCUCCCCCUCCCGCUGACCCCAGUGGCAGUAUAUACGAGCCGUAGCUCCGCCGAUUGACAAGCCAGUCGAAUACCUGAGCUGGUUGCGGCUAGAGGCACGAGACGAUGAAGAGGUCCAGACAUGUCCAGAGUGAUACCAGCAGACAAAAGCAAACAGCUCGUUCUGGUGGUCGGUCCUCUGUCCCUUCCCAGGAGUGGUGCUAGUGCAGCUGUCACAUUGCCAGCUGGAGGUCCCACUCUCCCAUCCUCCUCUGAACGGCCCAGAGCCGGUUUGCGAGCACACCAGCUGUUGUCCAGCAGAGCCGAACCACUCUCUACCUCUGUCCCUGCUUCCACUGCCUCCACUUCACCAGAGGCUGAGAGAGAUCCUCACAAUGAAGUUGAGCGACGCAGGAAACUCCGGAUAUCUCAAAACAUCAAGACCCUUGCAGAGACCCUCACUCCACCCUGCCACUGCGGAAGAACUACGAGAGCGGAGAUUCUGGAGAUGGUUGUGAACCAGAUACAGGAGCUCCAGCAGAAGAACUCUGUGCUAGAGUCACAACUGAAGGACCUGCACCCACCCACCACCACCAAUAGAGAAGAGUUGAGUCGUCGAGCCAUCGUACUAGUGGAAGAGAAUCUACGACUUCGAGUGUUGCUCCUUGCUGCCGUCAGCUGUGAUAAGUCACCAGACAGGUCUGCGAGUCCCAGUGCUGUAGUCGGGCAGGUGGAGGUGAGGGAGGGAGAUGAAGAGGAACCGGGGAUGGCGGACGGACUGGGAGAAGGGGGUGCGGAGGAAGCUUCUCUGCCGCUGCCGAGUGAGAUGACAGUUGAAGCAGAUGGAGGCGUGUGCUCGACUAAUGCCGACAGCAGUGUCGACGAUCAAGAGAGAGAGGAUGUUAGUGGUGCAACCGAGGAGCCGACAGAGAAAGAAACGAGCAGUGGUGGUGGAAGAGAGGAGAGGGAGAAAGGGGGAGAUUUAGGGUUUGAGGAGCCAGAAGAAAGAGAUGGUCUUGGAAGUGAGAGGAAUAGCAGUAGCAACCGAGAGGGAGGAGCAGGGAAUGAAGACAUUGGUAGUGGAGGAGAUGGGGAGCAGGUCGAGGGAGAAAAGGAGCACGACAAACGGAUCGAGGUUAGGGAAACGGCAAACACAGGAGAAAAGGAGAACAACAAAGAGAUGGAGGUGAGAGAGUUGGCAAACUGGGAUGGAGAGAGCUCUGCAGCAGUGGACCAGUCGUGGCCCAUAUCGUCUCUCCUCUCGGACCAGACUCGGAGCGGCCCACCUCCACCACCACCACCACCGAGGGAGCAUCAGAUGGCAGCGUUUGGUCUCCCCAUCCUCAGCCCCACCUACAUUGCCGAGCACUGCUCCACCUCUGGUAGCGACCAGCAGUUCUUUGGUCCAACCACAACUGCUGCUAGUCUGCCGCCAGUCACUUCCUACACCAGCGUUGCAGACACUCGACCCGUCUCAUCUCAGAACUCGCCCCUCUUUGCUGGCGGGCUGCCCAUAUCUAGAGUGACAGAAUUCAGUCGCUCACAGCUUGCAACUGUGUCUUAUUCGUCUUUGUCAGUGCUUUCCGCGUCGUCUAGUUCUCUGCACUGUUCAAAUUCUCCUCAGCAGAUCUCUCUUGCUGCAUCUCUUCGUCCUCCUCCAACUAGACAGUCAAUUGUUCAACCCUGGGUGGGUACCCACUCUUCCAGUGGCUCUGGGCCACUUUCAACAUCUAGAAGGAGUUCUGUAGUUUCAAGGUCUUCCACUACUACGACAUCACAGACUGCUAAUGAUCAGCAUGGAUUGCUUUUACGCCCCCAGCCCGAAUCAGCUACAACUCCUAGUCCUGGUUUCCACAGGGGAGCAUUGCCCAUGACACACCAGGCCACCACCCCACGGCAGUCGAGGUACAGCUCAAGAACUUCUCACUCCAUCCCGUCAACGAGAGCGUCUAGAACAGUCUCCAGUCGAGGGCACGCGCACACCCCUUACUAUCUCGACCGCAGUCGGCAUAAUGUCCACCACAACUUGAGCAGUGUUGAGGUUGCAUCGGUUGGAGGGUUUCCACCUUCUAGUCAGUCUCUCGGUCAUGCUAAUUUAUCAUUUGAUGGCAGGGGCCAGUCUUACUGCCCUGGGGGUGUACCGUCCCUCUUGCCGUCUACUGCAGCUCCUUUUCAUGGGUAUACCAGUGGGCCUAUGCCACACCAGUCUCGACAGCCACCGGGCUUUUCCACUUCUUCCAUUGACCCUUACUACCACUGUACUGUGUACCAGUCACAGCAAAGCUCUUCGUUCUCUUUCCUCCCCCCGCCUCAUGGCCACAUUUCACCGGGCUCACGGCACUCCCAGUUCACCCCUCACCAUCCCCACCAACACAACUACACCACCCUCCCACCCCCUCCUCCUCCUCCUCCUCACCCUCUCCACCCUCCUCCGUUCCACCACCAGCACCCUCCCUCCCACCAGAACACUGUGUGGAGACCGUACAGCGAUCGUCGGCAGACUUCGCUCACGAGAUUCAGUCUCUCCGAUAUUCUCUCUCCCUCCCCCGCCCCCCUGCCCUCCCUCGGUCUCCCUGCCGCAGUGUCGCCUCCCGCUAUACAUCACCAGCAGCCCAGAAUACCCUCCUUCUUUGUCGAUCACUUACUGGACGACCUCUGA